GGAUUAGCGCUUGGCUUAGCUGGCGCUGAGAGGCGAGCGCGGGGUUCCCCGAGAGCGUCCAGAGCCAUGCCGGCGGAGCAGCCCGCGAGCAGCGGCGGGCCCCCGGUUCCCGGAAUGGUUGAACAGGAGGAGACUGCUGUGAUUACCCCAGCCAUGCUGGAGGAGGAGACGCAGCUCGAGGCUGCGGGACUGGAGAGGGAGCGMAAGAUGAUGGAGAAGGCUCGCAUGUCGUGGGACAGAGAGUCCACAGAAAUUCGCUACCGUAGACUUCAACAUUUGCUUGAAAAAAGUAAUAUCUACUCCAAAUUCUUGUUGACUAAAAUGGAGCAGCAGCAGUUAGAGGAACAGAAGAAGAAAGAAAAAUUGGAGAGAAAAAAGGAAUCUUUAAAAGUUGCAAAGGGAAAAAAUUUAGUUGGUGGAAGUGGAGAGAAUGCAGCCAUGAAAAAGAAAAGAGGAAGAGAAGAAGAAUCAUAUAAUAUUUCAGAGGUCAUGACAAAAGAGGAAAUUCUGUCUGUGGCUAAAAAAAAUAAAAAGGAGAAAGAGGAUGAAAGUUCCUCCUCUGCUAAUCUCUGUGUAGAAGAUCUUCAGAAAAAUAAAGAUUCAAAUAGUAUGAUUAAAGAUAGAUUGUCUCAGACAGUUAGGCAGAAUGCUAAAUUCUUUUUUGACCCAGUUCGGAAAUGUAAUGGACAGCCAGUGCCCUUUCAACAACCAAAGUACUUCACAGGAGGAGUGAUGCGAUGGUACCAAGUAGAAGGCAUGGAAUGGCUUAGGAUGCUUUGGGAAAAUGGAAUUAAUGGCAUUUUAGCAGAUGAAAUGGGCCUCGGAAAGACAGUUCAGUGCAUUGCUACAAUUGCAUUGAUGAUUCAGAGAGGAGUGCCUGGACCUUUUCUUGUUUGUGGCCCUUUGUCUACACUUCCUAACUGGAUGGCCGAAUUCAAAAGGUUUACACCAGAAAUUCCGACAAUGUUAUAUCAUGGAACUCAGGAAGAACGUCAAAAAUUGGUAAGGAAUAUUCACAAAAGGAAUGGAACACUGCAGAUUCAUCCUGUGGUAAUUACAUCAUUUGAAAUAGCCAUGAGAGACCGAAAUGCAUUACAGCAUUGUUAUUGGAAAUACUUAAUAGUAGAUGAAGGACACAGGAUUAAGAAUAUGAAAUGCCGUCUAAUCAGGGAGUUAAAACGGUUCAAUGCUGAUAACAAACUUCUUUUGACUGGUACUCCCUUACAAAACAAUUUAUCAGAACUUUGGUCAUUGCUAAACUUUUUGUUGCCAGAUGUAUUUGAUGACUUGAAAAGCUUUGAGUCUUGGUUUGACAUCACUAGUCUUUCUGAAACUGCUGAAGACAUUAUAGCCAAAGAAAGAGAGCAAAAUGUAUUGCAUAUGCUGCACCAGAUUCUGACUCCUUUUUUACUAAGAAGACUAAAAUCUGAUGUUGCUCUUGAAGUUCCUCCUAAACGAGAAGUAAUUGUUUAUGCACCGCUUUCGAAGAAACAAGAAGUCUUUUACACAGCAAUUGUGAAUCGUACAAUUGCAAAUAUGUUUGGAACCAGUGAGAAAGAAACAGUUGAACUAAGUCCUACUGGACGACCAAAACGGCGAACUAGAAAAUCAAUAAAUUACAGCAAGAUAGAUAACUUUCCUAAUGAAUUGGAAAAACUGAUCAGUCAAAUACAGCCAGAGGUGGACAGAGAAAGAACUGUGGUGGAAGUGAAUAGCCCUAUAGAAUCUGAAGUUAAUCUGAAGCUGCAGAAUAUAAUGAUGCUACUUCGUAAAUGCUGUAAUCAUCCAUAUCUGAUUGAAUAUCCUAUAGAUCCUGUUACACAAGAGUUUAAGAUUGAUGAAGAAUUAGUAACAAAUUCUGGGAAAUUCUUARUUUUGGAUCGAAUGUUGCCAGAACUGAAAAAAAGAGGUCACAAGGUGCUGCUUUUUUCACAAAUGACAAGAAUGUUGGACAUUCUGAUGGAUUACUGCCAUCUUAGAAAUUUCAACUUUAGCAGGCUUGAUGGGUCCAUGUCUUAUUCCGAGAGAGAGGAAAAUAUGCACAGUUUCAACACAGAUCCAGAUGUGUUUAUCUUCUUAGUGAGUACACGAGCUGGUGGCCUGGGCAUUAAUUUGACUGCAGCAGAUACAGUUAUCAUUUAUGAUAGUGAUUGGAACCCCCAGUCUGAUCUUCAGGCCCAGGAUCGAUGUCAUAGAAUUGGUCAGACAAAGCCAGUUGUUGUAUAUCGCCUUGUUACAGCAAAUACUAUUGACCAGAAAAUUGUGGAAAGAGCAGCUGCUAAACGAAAACUGGAAAAGUUGAUCAUUCACAAAAAUCAUUUCAAAGGUGGUCAGUCUGGAUUAAAUCAAUCUAAGAAUUUCUUAGAUCCUAAGGAAUUAAAGGAGUUAUUAAAAUCUAGAGAUUAUGAAAGGGAAGUCAAAGGAUCAAGAGAAAAGGUCAUUAGUGAUAAAGAUCUUGAGUUGUUGUUAGAUCGAAGUGAUCUCAUUGAUCAAAUGAAGGCCUCAGGACCGAUUAAAGAGAAGACAGGGAUAUUCAAGAUACUAGAAAAUUCUGAAGAUUCCAGUCCUGAAUGUUUGUUUUAA